GUAACGCGGUGGGAUCCUAGGGGUCAGCAGCAGUAUUAGAAAACGAUCGCUCGCACUUCGUCUUGUUCAGAUCUAGGGUUGUCUCGUGCUCUACUCGCCUCCUCUGCUCGGCUGGUGUCCCCUCUCUCUCUCACCCAUGGCUUCGGCGGCGGCGACUCAGGUGGGGACUUACUUCCUGCGAAACUACUACAACCUGCUGCAACAAACCCCGGAUGUAGUCCACCAGUUCUACAGUGAUGCUAGCACCAUGGUCCGCGUCGACGACCUCACCGGCACGACCGCGGCCGCCAACAACAUGAUGGACAUACACUCGCUCAUCAUGUCCUUGAACUUCACCCAAAUCGAGAUCAAGACUGCCAACUUUGUCAACUCAUGGGGCGAUGGGGUGCUAGUUAUGGUCUCCGGUCUCGUGCAGACCAAGGAGUACAGCCACCAAAGGAAAUUUAUCCAGAUGUUCUUCCUUGCCCCUCAAGAGAAGGGUUACUUUGUCCUCAACGAUUACUUUCACUUUGUUGACCAAGAACAUGUGCAGCCUGCGCCAGUGAUUGGUCAGGAAGACUACGAGAGCAAUUUGGCACCCAACACAGUUGUUGAGACUGCUCCUGAGUACAUUCACGAGGAAGAAACUCAACAAAUAGCACCAGAAGGACAUGAUUUGGUCGACAACUAUACUUAUUCUGAGCCACAACAGCAAGUAGUGUCAUCUGACAACUGGGGAGAGGAGCCCCUUCCUGAAGAACCGCCUUCUUUCUCAAAUGAAAUGACAGUCGCUCCUGAGGAGCCGGUGCAACCUCCACCUGUUCCGCCUCCUCACGUCGAGGAGCCUGUUGGUGAACCAGUAAAGAAGACUUAUGCUUCCAUCCUAAAAACCGCAAAGGCUCCUCCUGCAUUCCCGGUAGCGCAGCAAGUACCAGUGAGUAAGCCUUCUCACCCUACAACAGAGUCAAUCCAGACCCAACAUUCAGUUAUGGCUUCAUCAACGGGAGCUGAGAAACCAAGGUCUGAUGUCUAUGGUGAGGGUGCUGCCCAUGAUGAUGAAGAGAGCAAAUCUGUUUAUGUUGGCAACGUGCCAGCAAAUGUAAAUGAGGCUGAUCUUGAAAGUGAGUUCAAAAAGUUUGGUCGGCUUAUUCCUGACGGUGUUGCUAUCAGAAGCCGAAAGGAGACUGGUGGCUAUUAUGCUUUCGUGGAAUUCGAGGAACUCAGCGGUGUACACAAUGCGUUAAAGGCUUCACCAAUUGAAAUAAAUGGACGGCAGAUAUAUGUUGAGGAGAGGAAGCCAAAUAGCGGAAUAAGAGGUGGAAGGAGGGGAGGACGUGGCCGUUUCAGCGGUGGAGGCCGUGGAUAUGCGAGAGGCGGAGGUGACGAGUACAAUGGUAACCGCAGUAGGUCGAACGGCUACGGUCGUGUUCCUCACCAAGAGAGGGGCAUACUCGGGAGCCACACCGCAAGGAACUGAUUCGGUGCAGCAGCAAACAUAAGGUUUUGAUCCCGUGUCGUCAAAGCGAGAGAGAGAUCCUGAACAAAGCAGCCUAUCAGCUGCUAGGUUGCUUUUGGGUUUUGGGGCUUGUUUGUCGAUGAAUGUGUGCACCUAUGUCACUUAAACUUUUGCUAGCCUGACGCUAUCCCUUUACAUUAAGAUCGGCUGUUCUAUUACCCUUGCUGCUAUUGUUGCUUGUGCAUGACUGGCGGUGGUAUUUGGUGUUUUGCUUCUGCA